AUGACAGCUUCAGAGGCACCUAAGAAGCUCAAAACUAGCUCGCUAUGCCAGCUUUGUCAUGGCCGCAAGGCUGUGAUGAAACGACCCAAAAAUUUGCAAAGAUUGUGCAAGGAGUGCUUUUUCCAUGUGUUUGAAACGGAAGUGCACAACACGAUUGUCGAGCGUCAGCUAUUUGCUGGCUUGGAAAACGCCCGGCACAAGGCUGUUGCCAUUGGUGCGCUGGGAGGCAAGGACUCGACGGUGUUGGCGUCGGUGAUGAAGACCUUGAACGAACGGUACAACUACGGAUUGAAACUAGUUCUUUUGUGCAUCGACGAGGGAAUCAAGGGCUAUCGAGAUCACAGCUUGGAGACGGUGAAAGUGAACUCAAGGGAGUACGACUUGCCGUUGGAAGUGCUAUCGUACAAGGACUUGUACGACUGGACCAUGGACGAGGUGGUCAGCUGCGCCGGCGUGCGGUCGUCGUGUACAUAUUGCGGAGUAUUGCGUCGUCAAGCUUUGGAUAAAGGAGCCGAGAAGCUCGACAUCAGCCACAUUGUCACGGGGCACAAUGCCGACGACAUGGCCGAGACUGUCUUGUUGAACUUGUUGAGAGGCGACAUCAACAGAAUCGAGAAUAGCACCAAAAUCAUCACCGAGUCCGAGAACUCGAGUAUUCAACGAAGCAAGCCGUUUGCGUUUAUGUCUCAGAAGGAAAUCGUCCUUUAUGCCCAUUACAAGAACUUGACCUAUUUCAGCACCGAGUGCACCUACUCCGAAGAGGCAUUCCGCGGCGAGUGUCGCAAUCUUUUCCACGCCUUGUCGUCUGCCCUUCCCAGCGUCCACACAAAUACAAUCUACAGCGGAGAGCAGUUCAAAAGAAAACCGCGAGAGCCACGCAGAGGAGGGAAAAAGCUGUUGGAGCAAGAGGUGAAUCCCGAUGGGUCGAUUUCCAUCAAACAAGAAACGAAAAGAUGCAAGAAAUGCGGCAGUCUAGCGUCAAAUGAGCUAUGCCAAGCGUGUUUCUUGUUGGCUGGUCUAGAAGUCAGCAGAGCCAAGGUUGCAGUCGAGAGCAACGGCGAGUUUGGUGCUGCAAAGUUGACCAAGACCCUUGAGAGUUUGCGUUUUUAG